AUGGCGCCCGGCAUCUUGACGUCGCCGGGGCCUGAAGUGUCUCCUCUAAAGACUAGCUCACUGGCCCAGUUAACGGAGGAAUGGGAUGAUACCAUUCGCUUCUACUUGAAUGGCACGAAAGUGACCCUCGACUCUGUGGAUCCGGAGCUCACCCUUUUGGAAUACUUAAGGGGAAUUGGUUUGACAGGAACAAAGCUAGGCUGUGCAGAGGGAGGCUGUGGUGCUUGCACCGUGGUGGUGUCGCACGUGAACCCUACGACCAAGAAGCUCUAUCACGCGUCGGUAAACGCUUGUCUUGCGCCAGUCAUAAGUGUGGAUGGAAAACAUGUUAUUACUGUUGAAGGCAUUGGAAAUGUGAAGAACCCCCACGCGGUCCAGCAACGAAUUGCCAUCGGUAACGGAAGCCAGUGUGGUUUCUGUACACCAGGUAUAGUGAUGAGCCUCUAUGCGCUUAUACGCAAUAAUCCUGAACCAUCAGAACAUGCUGUGGAAGAAGCUUUUGAUGGAAAUUUGUGUCGUUGCACCGGAUACAGGCCGAUACUAGACGCCGCCCAGAGCUUCAAAGCUAGUGGUGGCUGCGGGAAAUCAAGUGCCAAUGGUGGAACUGGCUGUUGCAUGGAAAAGCAGACUGGCUCUGGAGGAUGUUGCAAGGGUUCGUCCGAGGUGGCGACAGCCAAUGGCGAUUCUUUGAAGCUUACGGCACCUGAGUUCAUAAGUCAUAGGCCAGACACAGAACUGAUAUUUCCGCCCACUCUUCACAAGCAUGAGUUUCGGCCCUUGGUUUUCGGUAAUAAGAGAAAGAGGUGGUACAGACCGGUUACUCUACAGCAGCUCUUGGAGAUCAAGCAUGUGCACCCAGAUGCUAAAGUUAUCGGUGGCAGUACCGAGACUCAGAUUGAGACAAAAUUCAAGGCGAUGCGAUAUAGUGCUUCGGUCUACGUCGGUGAUAUUCCGGAACUUCGCCAGUUCUCGUUACAAGACGAUCACUUGGAGAUUGGGGCGAAUGUCUCUUUGACUGAUUUGGAGUCAAUAUGUGAUGAAGCCUUAGAGCGAUAUGGGCCGGUGCGAGGCCAGCCCUUUACUGCUAUCAAAAAGCAGCUUCGGUAUUUUGCCGGGAGACAAAUUAGAAACGUGGCGUCUCCGGCCGGUAAUUUGGCUACCGCUUCCCCCAUCUCGGACUUGAACCCAGUCUUCGUGGCAACAAACACUGUACUGGUUGCCAAAUCACUAGGAGGGGAUAUUGAGAUUCCAAUGACCGAAUUCUUCAAAGGUUACAGGACUACGGCCCUUCCACCGGAUGCUAUAAUCGGCAGUCUGCGCGUCCCUACUGCAUCAGAGAAUGGGGAGUAUAUGCGGGCUUACAAACAGUCCAAAAGGAAAGACGACGAUAUCGCUAUUGUCAAUGCCGCCUUGCGGGUUUCGCUCUCGUCUUCACAUGAUGUGACGAGCGUAAACCUCGUGUUUGGCGGUAUGGCCCCAAUGACUGUGUCUGCACGAAAGGCAGAAGCUUUCUUGGUAGGCAAGAAAUUCACGCAUCCUGCGACCCUUGAGGGCACCAUGAGUGCUCUAGAACAAGACUUCGAUCUGCAGUACGGAGUGCCCGGUGGUAUGGCUAGCUAUCGUCGGUCUCUUGCUCUAGGAUUUUUCUACCGAUUCUAUCAUGACGUUUUGUCGGGGGUCGAGUUGAACAGUACGGACAUCGACCACGACGUGAUUGGUGAGAUUGAAAGAGCUAUCUCUUGCGGGGAAAAGGAUCAUGAGGCUUCAGCGGCAUAUCAACAGCGAGUAUUAGGGAAAGCUGGCCCUCAUGUCUCGGCGUUGAAACAGGCCACUGGCGAAGCGCAGUACACUGAUGAUGUACCUGUCCUACAGAACGAGUUGUUUGGUUGCAUGGUUUUGUCGACGAAACCGCAUGCAAAUAUUAUCAGCGUUGAUCCAUCUGCUGCUCUCGAUAUCCCUGGAGUUCAUGACUAUGUGGAUCACAGAGAUCUUCCCAGUCCAGAGGCUAAUUGGUGGGGUGCUCCUGUAGCCGAUGAGGUGUUUUUUGCAGUAGAUAAGGUUACAACUGCUGGACAGCCCAUUGGUAUGAUCCUCGCAAAGUCGGCCAAAACUGCCGAAGAGGCUGCGAGAGCUGUAAAAAUCGAGUAUGAGGAGCUGCCGGCUAUACUAACCAUUGAAGAGGCCAUUGAAGCCGAAUCGUUCUUCGCGCACAACCACUACAUCAAAAACGGCGAUACAGAAGCGGCUUUCAGACAUGCUGACCACGUUAUCACUGGCGUAUCGAGGAUGGGAGGCCAGGAGCAUUUCUACCUGGAAACCCAAGCGUGCGUCGCCAUUCCCAAACCUGAAGACGGGGAAAUGGAGAUCUGGAGUGGCACACAAAAUCCCACCGAAACUCAAACAUACGUCGCUCAGGUCACAGGGGUAGCAGCCAACAAGAUAGUCUCAAGAGUUAAGCGACUAGGUGGUGGAUUUGGUGGUAAAGAGACUCGAUCAAUUCAACUUGCUGGCCUAUGUGCGACGGCUGCAGCUAAAACAAGACGGCCCGUUCGGUGUAUGCUUAACCGUGAUGAAGAUAUUAUAACUUCAGGUCAGCGUCACCCGUUCUACUGCCGUUGGAAGGUUGGCGUGACCAAGGAAGGGAAGCUCCUUGCCCUCGAUGCUGAUGUAUAUGCCAACGGUGGACACACACAAGAUCUUUCUGCCGCAGUUGUGGACAGGUCCUUGUCACAUAUUGACGGAGUGUAUAACAUCCCGAACGUUCAUGUCCGGGGUCGUAUUUGCAAGACAAAUACAGUCUCAAAUUCCGCGUUCCGUGGAUUCGGUGGACCACAGGGCAUGUUCAUGGCGGAAAGCUUCAUGUCGGAGAUCGCGGAUCAUCUGGAUAUCCCAGUCGAAAAGCUUAGGAUGGACAAUAUGUAUAAGCACGGAGAUAAGACCCACUUUAACCAGGAGCUCAAAGACUGGCAUGUUCCCUUGAUGUAUAAUCAAGUCUUGGAGGAGAGCUCGUAUAUGGAACGUCGAAAAGCCGUGGAGGAAUACAAUAAGAAGCACAAGUGGUCAAAACGUGGCAUGGCUAUCAUUCCGACAAAAUUCGGCAUCUCCUUUACGGCCUUGUUCCUGAACCAAGCUGGGGCUCUCGUUCACAUCUAUCAUGACGGGAGCGUUCUUGUCGCCCACGGUGGUGUUGAAAUGGGCCAGGGGCUGCAUACUAAGAUGACUAUGAUUGCGGCAGAAGCACUAGGCGUUCCUCAGUCAGACGUGUUCAUUUCCGAAACAGCCACAAACACAGUCGCAAAUACCUCGUCUACAGCUGCGUCGGCCAGUUCCGACCUCAAUGGUUACGCUAUUUUCAAUGCCUGUGAGCAACUCAACGAGCGUCUUCGGCCUUAUCGGGAAAAGAUGCCGAAUGCCCCAAUGAAAGAACUCGCGCAUGCAGCUUACUUUGACCGAGUCAACCUCUCUGCUCAGGGGCAUUAUCGUACCCCAGAUAUUGGCUAUGUCUGGGGCGAGAACACAGGCCAAAUGUUUUUCUACUUCACACAGGGUGUGACAGCCGCCGAAGUUGAGAUCGACACACUAACCGGUGAUUGGACUCCGUUACGUGCAGACAUCAAGAUGGAUGUCGGCCGCACCAUCAAUCCCUCUAUCGACUACGGACAGAUAGAGGGAGCCUUCAUUCAGGGUCAAGGUCUCUUUACGACAGAGGAAAGCCUCUGGCAUCGUGCCUCAGGCCAGGUUGUCACUAAGGGACCCGGAAACUACAAGAUUCCCGGAUUUCGGGACAUUCCCCAGGUUUUCAACGUUAGCCUUCUCAAGGACGUUGAAUGGGAAAAUCUUCGUACAAUCCAACGAUCUCGUGGUGUCGGUGAACCACCCCUUUUCAUGGGAAGCGCUGUUUUCUUUGCUAUCCGUGACGCUCUGAAAGCAGCACGGAAGCAGUACAAUGUUCACGAAGUUCUCAGUCUACGAAGUCCGGCCACCCCCGAACGGAUUCGGGUCAGCUGCGCUGAUCCCAUUAUCGAACGGGCAAGAGUAUUGCCUAAGGAAGGAGAGAAGAGCUUUUUUGUUGAGAUUUGA